ACCUCAUUUGUGUGCUGUUCACUUACAACAGACCUGCUGUGGUGAAACAUCUCUCAUCAUCUGGCAAUGUGACUCUAAUGGGCAUAAAACAAACUUUCAGUUCCUUUGGGCCAUUGACUAGAUCCACCGACGCUUAUACGUUCUUAUACAUCCACACCAGCUGAUCUGAUCAUACGAGGGAAAUACUGAGAGCUGUUUAAAGAUGUCUAUAUUGCCUUUCACGCCUCCGAUUGUAAAGAGACUUUUGGGCUGGAAGAAGGGCGAGCAGAACGGACAGGAGGAGAAAUGGUGUGAGAAGGCCGUGAAGAGUCUGGUGAAGAAGUUGAAGAAGACAGGACAGCUGGAGGAGUUGGAGAAGGCCAUCACCACCCAGUGUAUCAACACCAAAUGCAUCACUAUACCGAGGUCUCUGGAUGGCCGUCUGCAGGUAUCUCACAGAAAAGGCCUCCCUCAUGUGAUCUACUGCCGGCUAUGGCGCUGGCCUGACCUGCAGUCCCACCAUGAGCUGCGUGCCAUAGACUUGUGUGAGUUUGCCUUCCACAUGAAGAAGGAUGAGGUGUGUGUGAACCCAUACCACUACCAGCGUGUGGAGACACCAGUUUUGCCUCCUGUCCUGGUUCCUCGGCACACUGACAUCCCCUCAGACUUCCCUCCACUGGAUGAUUACUCAAUCCCUGAGAACACCAUUUUCCCUGCCGGGAUUGAGCCUCCGAGCAACUAUAUACCGGAGACCCCUCCUCCAGGCUACCUGAGUGAGGAUGGGGAAACCAGCGACCAUCAAAUGAACCACAGCAUGGACACAGGUUCACCUAACCUGUCACCCAACCCUGUCUCUCCUACAAACAGCAACCUAGACUUGCAGCCUGUGACAUACUGUGAGUCCGCGUUCUGGUGCUCCAUCUCCUACUACGAAUUGAACCAGCGUGUGGGCGAGACCUUUCAUGCCUCGCAGCCGUCACUUACCGUGGAUGGCUUUACAGACCCCUCCAACGCAGAGCGCUUCUGUCUGGGCCUGUUGUCUAACGUCAACCGCAACGCAGCUGUGGAGCUCACACGCAGACACAUUGGCCGAGGUGUACGCUUAUAUUACAUCGGUGGUGAGGUGUUUGCUGAGUGUCUGAGCGACAGCGCUAUUUUCGUCCAAAGUCCAAACUGUAAUCAGCGUUAUGGCUGGCACCCUGCCACGGUGUGUAAGAUUCCUCCAGGCUGUAAUCUAAAAAUCUUCAAUAAUCAGGAGUUUGCUGCUCUGUUGGCCCAAUCAGUGAAUCAGGGUUUUGAGGCUGUGUACCAGCUGACCCGCAUGUGCACAAUUCGCAUGAGUUUUGUAAAAGGCUGGGGGGCGGAGUACAGGCGGCAGACAGUGACCAGCACCCCCUGCUGGAUAGAGCUGCAUCUUAAUGGCCCCCUGCAGUGGCUGGACAAGGUGCUCACACAAAUGGGCUCUCCGAACCUCCGGUGUUCCAGCGUGUCAUAGGAAAAACCCUCAAUUAAUUUGAUGAAACUAAGGAAUGACCUCAUCCACACACAUCUUAUGACACCCAGCAUCAACCCUCUGUCACUGUUGUAUGCCAACACAGCAUUUAAACAGAACAAAACUGAGGAUGGGAAGACAAAGCCCUGCUGGACUCCCAAGAGUCAAUCACAGAUCUCAAUAUUUUGCUGCAAGCAAAAAGGAUCACAUUGUUAAAGCACUUUCAACCAGUGACACUCAUGGAUAAUAUUUCCUCAGUGUGAACAGUUUAAAAUGAGGAAUUUCCCUUAUUGUGAAUUUAAAUAUUACAUGGAAUUAUGCUUAUAGAAUUAAGAAAAUUCUUCUUCUUUUUUUUUUUUAUCAAGAUAAUUACAGAGUGUAUCAUGAAUUUAUUGAAUAUAUGAUGGCCUAAAAUCUUAGACAUCCUUAUGGAAUGGCCCGGUAAUAAGAUUUUAUCAUUCACAUGCUACAUACUGUCAGAAAAAAAGUGCUCUGUUUCCACCACCUUCAGUGAAGCGGUCUUUUAUGUUCACCUAGUAGCCAUCCUGAAGCUGGCAGUAAGCUUGAUGCUCGUCAUGGGCUGCCUUGUCCACCACAUGUCUGUUUAGUAUUCAUUAAUAGUAGCUCCCUAUUGUGUUUGAGUAAAUUGCACUGCACAGGACACGUCGGUUCAUUGUGUGGCACGGUCAGUGCUGACCAGGUUUGUAUACCUAUUUUGGCAGGGACUGAGUGUGUAAAAUAAAAAAGGUACAGUAGCACGGCCUUCUUAAUGAAAAGCACUUGUUUUUACAACUCAAUGACAGUGAACCAGUCAUCAGCGCAGGGAUUUUGUCAGUAACAAAUACAGCUGAUGGUGCCAUUUUAUUUCUUUGACUUAAAAGAUGGUGGCUGUUUGAAUUUUGCUUAGCAAAGGCAAGUCAAAUUUUUUGUAAUACAUAUUUUUAAUAUAAUAAACAGCAUAAUAAACUGAAUGGAGAUUGCGGAAAUAUACUUUUACUGCUGUCCUAUAGAGUAUUGCACAUAAGAUUGUGAAGUUAAGUGUAGUGUUUAUCACGCAUCUUCAUGUGAUUGUCAUAGGAGUUGCAGCACCAAUUAAAUUGAUUAAAAUGUAUUUACAUUUCAUCUACAGUAUAUAUACUACACUAUUUUACUGUCAUUUAUGAGUGGGAGUAAAAAUGCACACUUUUGUAUUUUAGUGUGGAGAUUGCUAUGAUUUUCAUGGAAGUGUUGAAGGCAAGUACUGCUGGCAGCUCUUGGAAUGCUCUUAGUUUUGUACAAAGUUUGGUUUCACAAGAGGACACUUGAAAUGUAAUGACUGGAUUUUUUUUUAGCCAAACCUUUAAAUUGGCAUUUUAUUUUAUGUGUAUGCAUUGGACUUCUCGUGAAUGGAUUUCAUAUUUUUAAGCUCAACGAUUCAUUGGAUGGUUUGGUGAUGUGCUGUUAAAAGUAUAGUUCACCCAAAAAUUAAAACUCUCUAAUUUAAUCACCCUCGUGGCAUCCCAGAUGUGUAUGACUUUCUCUCUUCUGCUGAACACAAAGAUUUUUAGAAGAAUAUUUCAGCUCUGCAGGUCCUUACAAUGCAAGUGAAUAGUGACCAGACCUUUCAAUCUCCAAAAAUCACAAAGGCAGCAUAAAAGUAAUCCAUAUGACUCCAGUUGUUACAUCUAUGUAUUCAGAAUCUUUAUGAUAGGUGUGGGUGAGAAACACAUCAAUAUUAAAGUCCUUUUAACUAUAAAUGUUUAUAGACUUAUAGUAAAAAAAGGAUUGAAAUAUUGAUCCGAUUCUCACCCAUAGUGACUGCAUCACUUCAGAAGAAAUAGAUAAAUGUAUGGAUGCUGCCUUUAUGUGGUGUUUGGAGCUUCAAAGGUCUGUCCACCUUUCACUUCCAUUGUAUGGACCUACAGAGCUGAAAUAUUCUUCUAAAAA